CAUCCGAAAAUCCUCCUUCCAAAAAACUCAUCACUCCCUCACCUCGCUCUUCACUCGCUACUGGUUCAUCGUCCAAAUCGAGAACCCAUAGAACAAAAACACAAAACAAGCAGGAGGAAAUCCGGAAACCCCUUUUCCCAAUCCGAUUGCUUCGAAGUUUAUGUCGGAGAUGGCUAGAGAGGUGGUGGCGACGGCGGCAGGGGCGGGGGCAGGGGCGAGCGAGAAGCCGGCGGAUUCCGGGGAUUCCAAGUACAAGGGGGUGCGGAAGCGGAAGUGGGGGAAGUGGGUCUCCGAGAUCCGCCUCCCCAACAGCCGCGAGCGCAUCUGGCUCGGCUCCUACGACUCCGCCGAGAAGGCCGCGCGCGCCUUCGACGCCGCCCAGUUCUGCCUCCGCGGCCGCAACGCCCGCUUCAACUUCCCCGACGACCCCCCCGACAUCGCCGGCGGCCGCUCCCUCACCCCCUCCGAGAUCCAGGUCGCCGCCGCCCAGUUCGCCAACUCGGCGGCGCCGGCCCCGUCGGCCGCGGCGGCCGCGUGCUCCGACCCUUCGAGGAGAAGUAGCGGUAACCGCGACCUCAGCCCGGAGUAUCCUCCGGCGGGGAGCGAGUUGCGGGCCGAGUCGGCCUCCCCGCCGAUGUCGGAUGGGACCCCGAUGGACUGCGACUUGGGCAUGGACAUGGACAUGAACGAGCCGUUUAUGGAACUCCUGAGGAGUAACGUGGGCAUGGGCUCGGGCAAUUACGGGGCGGACUUCGGGUUGUACCCCGGGUACGACCCGUUCACGACGAACGACUUCUACGGCCACGCCACCAUACCUAACGUGGGGUUCGGCGACGAGAAUUUCGAUGGUCUUCCCGUCCAGGACUUCCUAUGGAAUUUCUAAAAGCGCCAGGCAAGCAAAGCGUCGAGAACGGGUCGGAUUCUGGGCAAGUUUUAGUCGCCGGAGUUUUGACAAGUAUACAAACCCGGCGGGGAUCGCGCUCGGGUCGACCGUCUUCCUUUUUUUUUUUUUUUUUUAGGUCUUUUGAGCUGACCAGUUUUAGCACGGUCAUCUUCCGAAGCUCAAUUACCCCUUUGGAAGAGAAGGCCCAAAAUUCUUUCGCUGUGAUUCUUGGACAUUCUUUAAUUAAACUGAUUAGUUCAAGGAGAAGCGAACAAAAGGGCAAACGAACCUAAAUCUCCAUUA